AUUUUAGACCGUAAGAAUGGCGAGAUCGAUGAGCUGAAGACCAUGUACAGAGCCAAGCACAAGGAAUCGGAGGAGAGUGUGCGCAAGCUGGAGAAGAAAGUUCAAAGCGUGGUGCGCGAGUCCCAGGUCAUCCGUGAGAGCAAAGAGAAGCAGAUCGGCGAGCUGAAGAAGAUGUCAGAUCAGAGCACCGACUCCCUGAAAAACGAGUGGGAGAAAAAGCUGCACGCGGCGGUGGCGGGCAUGGAGCAAGAGAAGUUUGACCUGCAGAAGAAGCAAACGGAGAACAUUCAGGUGCUGCUGGAGGACACCAACCAGAGGCUGGCCAAGAUGGAGGCUGAGUAUGGCGCCCAGACACAGGCUACCGACCAGACA